AUGAAUUUAGUCACAACGAUACUUAUUAUUUCCAUUACCCUCUCCACUAUUCUAGCCAUUGUCUCUUUUUGACUUCCCCAAAUAACCCCAGAUCAUGAAAAGCUCUCCCCCUACGAAUGUGGCUUCGACCCCUUAGGGUCCGCCCGUCUGCCCUUCUCCCUCCGCUUCUUCCUCGUUGCAAUCCUCUUCCUCCUAUUUGAUCUAGAAAUCGCACUACUCCUUCCCCUUCCCUGGGGAGAUCAACUCUCUUCCCCCCUCAUAACAUUUGUCUGAGCCUUCACUGUACUCAUUUUACUAACCCUCGGGCUGAUCUAUGAAUGAACCCAAGGCGGCCUAGAAUGGGCCGAAU